GCCACUCUAUGCAGCAGCGCAGCGAGGAAAAGCGAGAGGCAGCGCACUGGAAUUUGGCAACACAGAUUCGCAUGCACCACAACUGUGCCGAUGAUAAUAUGGAUUGACACAGCGCUUUCUGAGACAUAACAGAGGAGGAGACGGCCACACAGGAGUGUGUCUGGCUGUGUGUGGGUUGCCACCACUCCUGUUACUCAAGCUUCAACACACACACACAUUCUGCCACAAUGUCACGUAGGGAGCGGCCAUGGUCAGUUUACAGAUCCAACACUUUAGAGCUCGCUUCAGAGAUGCUCGGGCUGGCAUUGGAAGGAAACAGUCAAGAUCCAGAUGAGCCAGUUCUGGAGUUCAGUCUUGUCUGCAGUGAGCUGACCACACCGUCUCUGGACCGGAAACCCAAUAGUUUUGUUGCUGUGAGCUGUACAACUCCUCCUCAGGCUUUCUGGACCAAACACGCACAGACGGAGAUUAUUGAGGGUACAAAUAAUCCCAUGUUCCUCAGCAGCGUGGCUUUCUUCCAAGACUCCCACAUUAACCAGCACACACAGGUCAAGCUCUCUGUGUAUGAUGUGAAAGAUCGUUCACAAGGAACGAUGUACCUCCUUGGCUCAGCGAUGUUCCCAGUGAAGGAGCUUCUGCAGGAAAAGAACCACAGACUUAAUAUACCUCUCAGGUCAGCAGAAAACAAGCAUGUGGGUAGUAUUACAGUCAUCGCCUGGCAGCUCGAGGAGAAGAGAGAUCAUCACACACCCAUCAAACAACUGCAAGACACCUUCAAUGGCAGGACUGUCCUCCCUGUGGAUGAGAGCCUGACGGAAUCUGUGGGAGUCCGAGCAAAAUACGCCUCUCUGUGGAAAGACUCAUUUCUACGAUCUGUGUUUGGUGGCACCAUGUCACGGAUGUACCGUUUUCCAACCACUGAUGGGAAUCAUUUACGAAUCCUGGAACAGAUGGCUGAAAGUGUCCUGUCACUCAACGUCCCACGACAGUUCGUCAAACUCUUACUGGAAGAGGAUUCAGCAAGGGUAUCUGAGCUGGAGGAGUUGGGAGAAUUAUCCCCAUGUUGGGAGAAUCUCAGGCGGCAGAUUGUAACACAGUACCAGAGCAUCCUUCUGUCCUAUCAGGACACACGGUCAGACCUGCAGGACUACAAAGGUCCGUCAUUUAAAGCCAGUAAUUUGAAAGCAGAGAGGAAGUUGGAAUUUAUGCCCACCAACCUCCACGUGCAGAGGAUGAGGGUUCAGGAUGAGUCUGGCUGUGAUCACACCUAUGAUGUGGUGACGAUCGGGGCCCCUGCGGCUCACUGUCAGGGCUUCAAAAGCGGUGGUCUACGGAAACUCCUGCAGAAGUUUGAAGAGGCAAAGAAAGUCAUUUAUGAGGAGGAAUGCAGCAGCGCUCUGUCCAGCUCCCAGUCCAUCGUCUACAUCCCUCAGGAUAUCGUCCGUGCCAAAGAGAUAAUUUCCCAUAUCAACACGCUCAAGACUCAGGUCAGCUAUUACGCAGAGCGCCUGUCUCGCGCCGCUAAAGAACGCUCCGCUAACGGCAUGGAGAGAACCCUCGCCAUCCUAGCGGAUAAGACUCGACAGCUAGUGACGGUGUGUGACUGUAAACUGCUGGCGUCUGCAGUGCAGGCCCUGAACGCAGCAAGACCUGAGUACAUCGCCUCGAAAAACUCACCCUCGGCUGACUCAGAGCAGGUGGUGCUGAGGAACGAUCAAGACACACUGCUGGCCAAAUGGAGUGGCAGCAACAGCCGUUCAUCCCUCCAUGUUGAUUGGCAUGAGGAAGAGUGGGAAAAGGUGUGGGGCAAUGUGGACAAGAGUCUGGAGUGUAUAAUCCAGCGAGUGGACAAGCUGCUGCAGAGAGAGCGUCUGCACAGCAGCAGCAGUGAGGACAUGUUCCAGUCUGACCAGCAGGGCGGCACCAGCAAGAAAGGUAAUGGCAAAAGAAAAGCUUUUUGGGUCAACCCUACCUGCAUGGAGAAAUCGUCCUCGGCACCUGAACCACAACAGCUGUCACCUUCACCACCCUCAUCAUCAUCAUCAUCAUCAUCAUCAUCAUCAUCAUCAUCAUCACCUUCAUCCUCACCAUCCGACCUGAACCCUGCAUGCCCAGACAAUCCAGAAGUGCAUGCCUAUGGCAGCAGCAGCAGUGGAGAGGAGAGUUACCCAGGUGAAUGGAGCGAGGCCUUGUAUCCCCUCCUGACGACCCUAACGGAGUGUGUGGCCAUGAUGAGUGACAAAGCCAAGAAGUCAAUGGUUUUCUUGCUCAUGCAAGACAGCGCACCUACCAUCGCAAUGGACCUCAGUCUGCAGUACCGCAGAGACGUGGUUUUCUGCCAAACACUCACAGCGCUAAUUUGUGGCUUCAUUAUCAAGCUGAGAAACUGUCUCCGUGAUGAUGGUUUUCUAAGACAGCUUUACACCAUCGGCCUGCUCGCUCAGUUUGAGUGUCUAUUGAGUACCUACGGAGAGGAGUUAGCCAUGUUAGAGGACAUGAGCAUAGGAAUAAUGGACCUUCGAAACGUGACCUUCAAGGUGACUCAGGCCAUCUCUACCUCGUCCCCCGACAUGCUGCCGGUGAUCACCGGGAAUCGGGAUGGGUUCAACGUUCGCAUCCCUCUCCCAGGAAGCAUGUUUGAUGCAUUGCCAAGGGAGAUCCAGAACGGCAUGCUGCUGCGGGUACAGCCGGUGCUGUUUAACGUGGGCAUCAACGAGCAGCAAACGCUCGCCGAGAAGUUUGGAGACACAUCACUUCAGGAGCUCAUCAAUGUGGAAAGUCUGGCAAGACUAAAUUCUUACUACCAGCAGUUCAAGGAGGUUUUACCGGACGACUGUCUUCCUCACUCUCGUAGUCAGACUUGUCUCCCAGAGCUGUUGCGGUUUCUGGGUCAAAAUGUUCACGCUAGGAAAAAUAAAAAUGUUGACAUCUUGUGGCAGGCUGCUGAGAUUUGCCGACGACUGAACGGAGUGCGAUUCACCAGCUGCAAAAGUGCCAAGGACCGCACUGCCAUGUCAGUAACCCUGGAGCAGUGUCUGAUCCUGCAGCACGAGCAUGGCAUGGCCCCGCAGGUCUUCACACAGGCCCUCGACUGCAUGCGCAGCGAGGGCUGCCGUCGCGAGAAUACCACGAAGAACGUUGGAUGUCGCAAGUAUGCCUUUAACUGUCUGCAGCUGAAGGCUUUUCCUAAACAUUACAGACCUCCUGAUGGCACUUUCGGAAAAGUGGAGACUUGAUGAGACUGACAUGAUACGGAAAUAUUAGUAAUUAUGAAGCUUCUUCAAACUAAGUACAGUAAAUCUGCUCAAUUUGCUCUGAAGAUAAUCGCAUAUUUACACUUCAGGCGUGCGUUUGAAGUGAAAAUGCUGACUGCACUGAAUUGUAUCAAUAGAUACAGUUCUAUUUCAUAAGCUCAGUAUCACCAAACAUAUUUAUUACAUGUAAUGCUGUAUUUUAGCGUAUUGUAGUUCACGGUGAAGGAUUUAAUCACUGUCAAUAUUGUAUUUAGCAAUCUUGGCCCUUUAGAGUGCAAAUAGAGGGUUUAGACCUUUAUGCUGAAUAUAAUCAUGCAGUAUUGACUAUCUAUUGCAAAGAUUUGUGUUUAGUAUCCUAAAGAAAUAGUUCACCCAACUAUGAAAAAUUGCUGGUUAUUUAUCCAGGUCAUCUAAGAUUUUUUGGGAGGAUUUUUCUGUAUCUAAAGCAUACAACUUGAUCAUUUUAAAGCCCUUUUUCUGAAAAUGACUGAUUUGUUUUGCUAGAGAAGAGUCUUAUUUGUUGGCUGAGCUCAUGUGAAUUACUUUACAGCUGCCUAAAUGUGGGUUUUAGACAUUCAAAUAAAUGGUCUAAUUACAGUCUACUUAAAGUGCAUCUGGAAAGUAUUCAUAGCGCUUCACUUUUUCCACAUUUUUUAAUGUUACAGCCUUAUUCUAAAAUGGAUUAAAUUCAUGUAUUUCCUCAAAAUUCUACAUAAAAUACAACAUAAUGACAAUUUGAAAAAAAGAUUUUUUUAAAUUGUUGCAAAUUUAUUAAAAAUAAAACCUGGAAAAUUACAUGUACAUAAGUAUUCACAGCCUUUGCUCAAUACUUUGUUGAUGCACCUUUGGCAGCAUUACAGCCUCUAGUCUUUUUGAAUAUGAUGCCACAAGCUUGGCACGCCUGUCUUUGGAAACUUUUGCCCAUUUCUCUUUGCAGUACCUCUCAAGCUUUAUUAAGUUGAAUGGGAAGUGACGGUCUACAGCCAUUUUCAGAUCUCUCCAGAAUUGUUCAAUAGGAUUUAGGUCUGGGCUCUGGCUGGGCCACUCAAGGACAUUUACCGAGUUGUUGUGAAGCCACUCCAUUGAUAUUUUGGUGGUGUGCUUUGGGUCAUUGUCCUGAUGGAAUUAUAAAAAUUAAGUCACCUUAACAAUUCAAGGUUACAAUAGCUUUACACACUUUUUUAAGGAAAGUCAACUUGUCACUUUUAAGGCAACAAAUUUGCUUACUUUUUUUUAAAGUAAAUUAAUCAAUCACUUUUUUAUAGUAUUUGGAUGGCCUGGGAAUGAGGAAAUACUCCAGAAUUUUUCCAGUUUGGGGUAAUUAUUUCUUUAUGCAACAUCUUCAGCAUUACAGUAUCAUAGCUUAAAGUUCUCACAGUACUCCACAGUUUUCAAGUGUCAUUUCCCAUUCCUCCUAUAGAUCAGCGGAGGAAAUUUUAGGGGAAAUAAACCAGGUCUUUUAACCAUAGGAUUGUAUGAUUUAUUAAUUUACUUAAAGGGUUAGUUCACUCAGAAAUUAAAAUGAUGUUAUUAUUUGUGUCUUUCUAAACUUCAGAACACAAGUUCACAAUCCGAGAGCAAAAGCAAAGUUUCUGACUCUUUCAAAGUCCAGAAAAAUGCCAAAAAAAACAACAACUUUGAAACAGUGUCUUGAGUCGUAUAAUUUUAAUAUUUAUAUCAAGCUUUAAGAAUACUUUUGAUGAUGAUGAUGCUGAUGAUGAUGAUAAUGUUAAAAAGCCUUUAUGUGUCACAUACACUUUUACAUGUAGUGAAUUUGGACCCCUUCCUGACCAUACACAAACAUCAUAGAUUUCAGGGGAAGACAGGUCAAACGAGAGGUAGCUUUAAGAAAGAAUCUUAUUUCCUAUAAGAUACAUUAGAAAACAGGAAGGUGAAAAAAGCCCCUCUCAGACUAUCCUUGAAGUAGGGGAAGUGUGAGAUCAGGGAGGAAAAAGCCCCAGCAUCAAGUACAUAAACACAUAGAUAUUAGGCAUAACAUCACAACUGGGGAUGUGUACACACGUAAAAGCAAAAACAAUGGCAUCAUUCAAAUUCUUCUUCUUCUCAAUGUCAGUAUAGGGUGCGCACAUUUAUGUGUUUAGAAUGGCAUGAAGGCAAGUACUUAAUAAGAUCAUUUUCAUUUUUAAGUCAACAACCCUUUAAACUUCAUACAUAAUUUUUGUAAUGAUCAUGAAUGCUCCAUCCUCUUGGUUGUUUCAGCUCUGAGGUUGUCUAUCAUGAAAACAACCACAUUUACAAGUAAAUAAAAUGACCAAGACCAAGAUAGAAAUUGCUAAAAGUAAAGUGAGAUCAGUGUAUCACUGUGUUCAGCUGGCAGCAACAACUCAUUUUGUGCUGUACUUGUUUUAACCAUAGGUACAUUCAGAUACAUUGAGAGAAAACCGAACAGUGCUAACUGCUAAGCACUGGUGAAAUUGACUGUGAAAUGUGAAUCUGUUGUGCAAAUUAUUCGUCAAAGGUUAUUCGUUUCGUCAUUUCUCGUUUUUGACACUGAUGUUGUUUCGAUUAUUAUAGGUUUAUACAAUGUUAUUUAAGAGAGAUACACUCACAGAUUUUUGGAUUGUUCUUGAUUUGUAUUUAUUUCUUUUUAUGGUAAUGACCUUGUAUCUUUUAUGAUGCCCUCUUAGAUAUAUUAUGUCUGUCUAGAACAGAGUUCUGCUGUAUUCAAAUGCUGUCAUCAAUAUCUGAUGCCAUUAAAGAGAGAAUAUAAGAACAG